AAAUAAAAAAACGAGCGCCACAUUCUCACUUCACUAUACUCCGGUAUCCGUACCGUCGGGGCACCGCCGUCUAAAACCCCCAAAUUCAAACCCUCUCAAAAAUCCCUCCUCCCAAAACCCUUCUCUUCAGUUCGCUCCAUUUUCCUUUUCCAUUUCCAUUUCCACAAUAAAACACAACCACCACCCCGUGAAUCAGAAAUUCCCCAAAAAAUUCACAGACAAUCCAUCCAACAAUGGCGCAAUUCACAGGAUUCUCCUUCAACAACACCUCUUCCCCCUCCACCUCCCCUUUCGCAAACCCUAGCUCCACCGCCGCCUCCUCCUCCACCUUUGGCUUUGGUGCUCCCUCUUCCUCUCCCGCCUUUGGUGCCCCCACCUCUUCUUCUGCCUUCGGCGCCUCCUCCUCCUCCUCAGCUUCCCCUUCUCCCGCUUUUGGAUUCGGCGCCGCCUCUUCAUCUGCCACUCCCUCAUUCAGCCUCGGGUCCGCUGCCUCCGCCCCUUCCUUUGGCUUCGGAUCCUCCUCCACCACCUCCGUUCCUGGUUUUGGGUUCGGAUCCUCUACCACCCCUUCUUCCUCUGCUUUCGGCUCACUUCCUUCCUCCACCGCUGCUCCUGCCUUCUCUUUCUCUCUCCCUGCCUCCGCUUCAACCACCACUACAACCUCCGCCGUAGAUCCCUUCCCAUCUUCCGCCCCCAAUCUCUUUGGAUCUUCAACCAGCGCCCCGUCUACUAACACCACAUUAUUCGGAGCAAACAAUAAUACUACUACAACACCGACAUUCGGAUCAUCUUCUCCAGCUACACCACCUCCUUUAUUUGCAUCAGCUUCUUCUGCUGCUGCUACACCGUCGUCUUUAUUUGCCUCGGCUUCUUCCGCUGCUGCUACACCGUCGUCUUUAUUUGCCUCGGCUUCUUCUUCUGCUUCGCCGUCGUCUUUAUUUGCCUCGGCUUCUUCAUCAUUGGCCGCUUCGUCAAGCGGAUUUUCAUUCCUGAAAUCAUCCACCCAAACAGCAACAACCACCGCUUCACCUCCAUCAAGGUUUUCCUUCACACCCCCAGCUUCGGUGGCACCGGCUUCUGCUGCUGCGUCCACUACUUCAUUGUUUAAUUUCAACAAUGCAGCCUCCUCCACGGCAGGUGCUUCAGCUACGAAGCCAUUGUUCGGUGCUAAUGCUACUCCUACUACUCCACCUUCUGUUGCCGCUUCAUCAUUGUUCUCAACUCCUCCUACUACUACGACUACUACUUCAACACCUAGUGCUACUGUUUCUUCACCUUUUGCUGCUACGACCCCUGCUGCCUCUUCUCAACCUGCUGCUACUUCAACUGCCCCAGCUGCAUUUUCCGGGGUUUCUUUGAAUUCGUCCACUGUGACAACGCCAGUAGCUUCCGCUUCCCCAGCAAGCACUUCUUUUUCCGGUUUUGGGAUCUCCAGUGGAUCUUCUUCCUUGACCCCUACUGCCUCGUUCUCAAGUUUUACUGUUCCUGCAGUCAAGCCUACUACUAUCCCUGCUUCGUCUUCCCAAUCUCAGCCUCAGCAAACUGCUGCUACCAUUGCUACUACUGGUGGUGGUGCUGCUACUACUACUACUACUACUACUACUACUACUGCCCCUGCUACUGGCUUCCUGGCUUCAACUUCUGUCUCAGCGGCCAUCUCCAGCUCUACAACAACUGCUGUACAAACAUCUUCCGCUGUUGCUGUAGGCUCAAGUAGUGGAACUACCUCUGCUGUGAUUACACCAGUAACAUCUGCUCCCACCCCCAAGUUGCCUUCUGAGAUCACUGGAAAAACUGUUGAGGAGAUCAUCAAGGAGUGGAACACUGAAUUACAAGACCGCACCAGAAAAUUUCAGAAGCAGGCUAAUGCAAUUGCUGACUGGGACAAGAGAAUCUUGCAAAACCGAGAUGUACUUCUACGACUUGAGACAGAAGUAGCAAAAGUGGUUGAGACCCAAUCCAACUUGGAAAGACAGCUGGAGUUGAUUGAGACUCAUCAGCAAGAGGUUGAUAAAUCUUUGGAAAGUAUUGAAGAGGAAGCCGAGCGAAUCUACAAGGAUGAACGUAAUUCGCUUCUGGAUGAUGAAGCUGCAUCCACCAGAGAUGCAAUGUAUGAUCAGGCAGAAUCUGUGGAAAGGGAACUAGAACACAUGACGGAGCAGAUAAAAUCAAUUAUUCAGACCCUGAAUGCUAGUCAGGGUGGAGAGCUUGAUACAACUGAAGGGAUGAGUCCAUUAGACGUGGUGGUGCGGAUCUUGAAUAAUCAAUUGAGCUCUCUGAUGUGGAUUGAUGAAAAGGCGGAAGAGUUUUCAUUUCGCAUCCAGAAUCUUGCAAGUGAGGGUUCAGCUGCUGAUCGUGAGCUAGUGGCUCCAAGAUUGUGGAGCUGAUUUUUGAAGUCUUUUCUAGAUAGGGGAAGUUCAUUUUUUCAAAGCUUGUUCGUCCCCUUGACUUACUAAUUACAAGGGGUUGCCCAAGAGAAGCUUGUAAGCUUUGCUGAUCAGAAUGUACUAAGGCCAGUUCAACUAAUGAUAGGAGACUUAUUAACCCAGCCAAUUCAUUCUGUUAGAUCUUUAAAUUUACCGCCUGAUUCAAUGUGGAAUGGGGUCAAUAUUGAUUACAAAUUGCAGACUUUUUUUAAUCUCAUGUUUUGGACUGAGUUGGUAAGCUCCCAUGUAUGAUGAAGUUACGUACAGAAUUACAGAGUACUAACGAAGUAACGAGUCCAGCUUUUUUUAUUUUUUAUUUUUUAUUUUAUUUCUUAACAUGGUACAGUGUAGUUGACUUUUACGUGAUAACCUAAGUUUGAGUACAUUUUAACACUGUUAA